ACGCGAUCCUCGCCGUAAAUCGUCUCCCUCCCUUUCCUCCGCCUCCGCCUCCUCCCCGCUUGGGCUGCGGCUCCCACCACCACAUGCCUCGGCCUCCCUCUCGCCGUCGCCGCCACCCCAAACCCUAGCCCCGGCCCGCCGGCGCCCCACCCCCACCGGAAACCCUAGAUCCUCCCGACGGCCCGCCCGAUGGCGGGGGCCCCCGCGGCGGGCCAGGUCGUGGAGCGGUUCCGCGCGCGGCUGCGCGAGGAGGCGGGCGGCGAGCCGGGUGCCGCCGCGGUGGUGCGCGUGUACGCGGAGGCGCUCCGGGAGCUUACCUUCAACUGCAAGCCGGUCAUCACCGAGCUCACCAUCAUCGCGGGGCAGCACGCCGCGCUCGCCGCCAGGGGCAUCGCCGACGCCGUCUGCGCCCGCGUCGCCGAGGUGCCACCUGACCAGAUAUUACCAUCUUUGUAUCUGCUAGAUAGUAUUGUGAAGAACAUAGGACGGGAAUAUAUAGACCAUUUUGCUGUUAGGUUGCAGAAGGUAUUUGUUGAUGCAUACUGCAGAGUUCAUCCCAGUCAGUAUGCUUCAAUGCGGCGCCUCUUUCGUACAUGGUGGUCAGUGUUUCCUUCUUCUGUGCUUCGUGGCAUCGAGGAUGACCUUCAAUUUUCUCCCUCAGAGGAUAAGCGUCCUGCCAUAGUGACAAAUCCACAUCAAUCAGAGUCACUAUCUCCUAGGCCGUCUCAUGGCAUACAUGUAAAUCCCAAGUAUCUGGAAGCACAACAAAAAUUGAAACAGGCCAAUGUGCAGACACAUCAACCAGCAGUUCGUGGCACGAGGCAAAUGGCUGAUUUGGAGGAGGAUCUGAUGAAUGGAUUAACAUCAAAUGGUUUGCGAGGGCGUCCGUCUUCAAUGCUUCAGAAAUCUACUGUGCAGUAUGCUGAUGAUCCUGAUCAACAAGAGACAUUUCGUUCUAUUGCUGGAAUAAGGGCAACAUCACCACAUCUGUUGAGCACACAUCCAUCCGAUGUCAUUCUAGAUGGGCCAUUAGCCACUUCAAGGAGAAACUUGUCCAGGUCGCCACCUCUUGAUGUGUUCCCUAGGAAUGUGUCUCCCAAGAGAGCGAUAGAGAGGAUGCCACCAUCUCAUUCUGUAUUGGGACCUGACCCCAGAAGAUUGCCUGAUCGGAAUGGCAGGUCGAGAUGGACUUUUGACGAUGGUGCACAGCGGCCGACAAUCAGCAUGCUUGAUGAAGAGUACAGGAAGCAAAGUGCAAGAGAACUUAUUGAUGCCUAUGGGAAUUGUCAAGGCCGAGAUGCUGAUGAAAGAGUUCCUAAAAUGCAGCGCCUGGAUUCAAAUGGGAUGGCUAGCAAAUCUAGUGCACGAAAUUGGCUCACUUCAGAGGAAGAAGAGUAUUCUUGGGAGGAUAUGAGUCCAACUUUGACUGAUCGAGUCAGAAGCAGCAUGCCGUCCUUUACUCCUGGAACCAUGAGAGCUGGAUUUCCUGGGGCAAAUGCAGGAUUACUGGAAUCUGAUACUGGGAGGCACAAUUUUCCAAGCCAAUCUCAUCGAUCAUCGAUUGAUGGACCACCAUUAAAUCUCGAAGAUAGGAUUACUUCUGCCAAUCAUGUUGAUAUGUCUACUAGUAGGAGAUAUCCAAGCAAUUAUGGUGUUCAGAAUGGAGCUCAUUUGGAGUUCCAGAUUUCUGAGCAUACCCUCAAUCACGGGAGAACUGCUACCAUGCAAACUCCACCUUGGCAGCAGCCUACUGGUCUGCCAUUGCGAGUACAAGCACUUGAACAUCCAUCAGUAGUUGAUAGAAUACCACUGCCUGCUGAUAGUGAAAUGCCAGUUAAGAGAUUGGAGAUUAGUGGUACAUACAAUGCUUUGGGUGUAGAUAUACCCUUGGUGGAGAAGCACAGGCCGCUAACUGCUCCUGCUCCGAUAGAAUGGCCUCCUCUUCGUCAUACUCAGUCGCAAACUUUACUACCGAUUCCACCCGAUACAAAACAUGUUAGAAAUGCAGCAGAUAGUCUAGAAAUUAGGCCAUUUGUUAGUCAAGGAGCCAGUUCAUCUGUAUUUGUUCCACAGCAUCAUUAUGAUGCCUUGGAUCGGAAAACACUACGUACUGGUAGCUUAGCUCAACCACCAUAUCAGCACCAAGAUUUGUUGCCAUCAAGUCAACAAAAUCAAGGUACAAUUUUGGGAAACCAAGCUCAGCCUCAUCAUCCUCAACAAUUCCAUCCCCAUCCCAAUCCUCACCAUCAGGAGGCUUUUAGAAGCUUUGCCCCUGGCAUGUCUGUAUCCCAGUUCGCAGGGCAAGGAGGUACUGCAGCGAUGCCACCAGUUUCACUUCUGCCAAGUUCCUUUUCUGUACCACCUGCUGUGCCACCCUAUGGCAUGCCAUCUGUGCCCAGUUUUCCUAGGCCACCAUUACCUCCUGGACCACCACCUGCUUCACUGCAGAUUGGUUCAUCAUCGUCACAAGUUGGUAGCGCUCAACCAUUUGUCUCCGGACUAUUGAGUAACCUUAUGCGGCAAGGUGUAAUUACAUUGGAAACACCUGGCCGACCUCAGGAUUCAAUUGGAGUUGACUUCAAUGUAGACCUCAAGGUACGAAACGAGCCUGUCAUCAAUGCUUUGUAUCAGGAUCUUUCAAGGCAGUGCAAAACUUGUGGCCUUCGGUUCAAAUGCCAAGAGGAGCAUCGUGCUCACAUGGACUGGCAUGUUACAAAAAAUAGAAAUUCAAAGAACCGUAAGCAAUCUUCACGUAAAUAUUUUGUCACGGCGGAGGAAUGGUUAAGAGCAGCAGAAACAGUUGGAAACGACGGUGUCCCUGCUUUUGUACCCUCAGACCCAGUCCCAGACAGAAAGGAAGAGAAAGAAAUGGCUGUUCCUGCGGAUGAGGAGCAAACAGCCUGUGCAUUAUGUAAAGAACCAUUUGAAGAUUUCUACAGUGAUGAGACUGAAGAGUGGAUGUACAAAGGUGCAGUUUACAUGAAUGCACCAGAUGGUAAUAUCGAUGGUCUGGAAAGGUCACAGUUGGGACCUAUUGUCCAUGCUAAAUGUCGAUCUGCGCCCAGCAAUACUUCUUAGGAUGGGCAUAGCUGGUUUGACUUCUUUUCUGGAUGCGGCUGUAGACAUGACCUGUAAACUACUGGAGACUCAGAUUUUGGUAUGAUUAGCUUCUUUCCUAUCUGGCUCUCUUGACAGCCAGUGCAUAGAUUGUUAAUGUGACAAUAGUGUAAAACUGUAAAAUCUUUCUGUAAUUCAGUGAUUGAGCAUCAGUGAUCUGCCAUACAAUCACUAUUGUCAUACUGUGCUUGUGCCCUGUCAUUUUUGUCCUUCUGUAGUUGCAGAGUGCUGCUGUUGCAUUACUACGGUUGUGCGAUCUACAUAUAAGCUUCAUGUCUAGGGUUUCAGGCAGCCCAGUUGGUGAUAGGCAUAUGUGUAACCAUGGUUUCACCGGACGUGAACAACAAUAUCUUUGUAUUGUUCUGCUUUCUUUCCCUUGUUAAUAUUUUGUGCAGGACAAUAUCAGUCUCUUAGUUGGCUGCUAGCUUCCGCAACAUCGAAGGGAUCAUGCAAGAUGACCAAGAGUGAUGGCAUCUGUCUAUGGCUCUCCUGAACUACUGAAGGGACUAAAUGCUGCCUUUUCUUUUAUUGUCUUUCAGUAUUUUCUUUGUAAGUCGAGAGCAAUGUAUAAAGUGUGGUGAAGAUCAUUCUUGGUCGCUUGUAUAAUUCCAUCUUGCUGGAUUUAUUUGUGCUAGCCAAAUCCGAUUCAGAUUGUUUUCA